AACUCCCUCCUCUUCUCCCCAAGCGUCGGACUCGUUCAGACAGCAGUCCCAACUCCCCUCGUACCUGCGCAGAGCAUCCAGAGCCGCUUUCCUCCCAACAGGACAGUCGCACUGCAGCAGGCUGAGCGGAGCUGACAGAAAAGACUUUUAACAGCCGAGAAGUCAGCCCAUACUGCAUCCGCUGAAAUGCUGCUGACAAGAAGCCGACAUGUCCAAAUACUUCCACUUCUCGUUGCAGUCUGCCGCCUCACUCUGGCCUUCCCCACACAAAUAUCAUCAACAUUUGAUGAUGUCCAGCAGCUCCAGGUGAACAUCCCUCACUCAGGUCCUGUUUCCGCCUCACUGGGCAGCUCCAUCUCCAUCCCUUGCUUGGUGUCUCUGUCCUCUUCCUCCCCUGUUGCACCGCGGGUCAAGUGGACUGUGGUGUCCGGUGGUGUGGAGACGCAGAUCUUGGUGGCGCGUGGUCAAAGAGUGAAGGUCAACGAGGCAUACAGAGACCGCGCUGCCUGGCUCAACUACACUUCCUCCCCCGAUGAUCUGUCGCUGUGGUUGGGAGAUUUACGCUCCAGUGACUCGGGCCACUAUCGCUGUGAGGUGCAGCAAGGCCUGGAGGACGCCAGCGACCUCGUGCAACUCAAAGUGAAAGGUGUUGUAUUCCACUACAGGGAUGCUUUGGGUCGCUAUGCGUUUUCCUUCCAUCAGGCGCAGAGGGCUUGUGAAGCCAUCGGGGCACAAAUCACGACUCCUGACCAGCUGCUGGCGGCUUAUUAUGAUGGCUACGAGCAGUGUGAUGCAGGCUGGCUGGCAGACCAGUCUGUCAGGUACCCAAUCCAAGUGCCCCGUGAAGGUUGCUAUGGAGACAUGGAUGGCCAACCAGGCGUGAGAAACUACGGGACGAUGGAUCCAGAUGAUCUGUUUGAUGUUUACUGCUAUGUGGAGGAAACUGAUGGGGAGGUGUUUCAUGACUCCAUCCCACAGCAGCUGUCAUUUGAUGAGGCACAAUCAUACUGCAGAGCAGCAGGAGCAGAGUUGGCUACAACAGCUCAGCUGUACUUAGCAUGGAGUGAAGGUCUGGAUCGUUGCAGCCCUGGCUGGCUGUCUGAUGGCAGUGCGCGCUACCCCAUCAUAGUCCCUAGAGAGCGCUGCGGAGGAACUCGGCCAGGCGUCAAAACCCUCUACCGCUUCAGCAACCAAACUGGCUUCCCACAGCCGUCCAGCCUUCAUGACGUGUAUUGUUUCAGACAUAAUAGAAAUACUCCCACCGACUCUCCCAUGGACAAUGUGGCCACAGAGCCUGAGGACAUUGGACAAGAUGUCGUAAUCCUUAUGGAAACAGAUCAAGAGCUGCAACUAAACCAUCAUGUAGAACAGGUGGAGCUCAAAGCUCAAAGCGUGCUCGAAUCGUUUCCCUUUUUCUCUUCUAAGGAAAACCUGGUUGACAUGCACCCAACAGUUGUAUCAGACACAACAGCGCCCGAUAUAAAGACAACACCUAUAUUGGACCUCCUCCAGGGAUUGAAUGAAACUUCAUCUCCUACAGAAAUGAGCUCCCAGCAUCCUACAGCACUGAUGAACACCACUUUCAGCACCACAGAAACCUAUGAUUCACCACAAAACACGUCAUUACUGCCCAGUGUUUACAAUGAGACAUAUUCCCACCACAACUUGAACUUCACCUUUUACCAAUCUGAGCCUGAAAACACCACAGGGUUUCCCGAAUCAUCAUAUGAACCUCACACACAUAACCAGACAGUUCCAGAUACACAUCCUGAAGAGAAUACAUCUGCAAGGCUAAAGGAUUUGCAAGAAAUGCAAGAGACCAUUUUGGAUUUUGACAGAUUCCAAGCCAAUUACAGCGAGACAGACAGCAAUCAUACUCAAGAGGAGAGUCUCUGGGAGGUAACCUCUAUGACCCUUGACCCCAUGGUUCAGGUGAAGCUGGAGGAGGAAACAGUAGAAAAUCCUGUGCAGGUGUUUCUCUCAACUCAGGCCUCAAAAGAAGAACUUACUACACAACCAGCACAAACUACAAAAUCUACCAUCAUGGAGCUAACCUCAUUGUGGGCCCAUCUAGAUGGUUCUGGAGAUAUUUCUCAAGAGCGUGACCUUGACAUGGAAGCAGUCAGCUUCAUCUACACAUCAGAUUCUUCUACUUCCGGCUUCACCACUCAUGCGUCACUUUCUACUUCGGCUAGCAGUGCUUCUACUGAGCCUCGGACAGCACUCCCUGAUUUGACCCUUCCAUCUGGGUCACGCCAUUCCGACAAAGUGGGCUUGGAUAUCUUCUCCACAGCACCACAGUUGUGGGAGUCCUCCAUUUCUAGACAGGAGGGAAGUACAAGCUUAGAAAUUGAAGACACAGUCACUCUGGAAAGCGAAGAAAAACAGCUGCACCCGACAAUGUCUGAAGACAACCUUGUUUCUGGAUUAAGUUUAGCUACCACUGAGUCUCCAGAGGGGUCCACCUCCUCUCAGUUGCCUACUCAUUCCUCAGCACGGUAUCGAACAUCAGGUUACAGAGUGUAUUUGGAUACUACGACCACUGGGUAUGAAGAGGCAAGUGGAGAUGAACUUGUUACAGUUACUGCAAUCCUUGGAGAAGACAUUAAACUUGAUCCAACCAAUGAAGAGGAUGUUAAAGUUAGCCGAAUCAUUGAAGAGGAAGUUACAGUUACCUCAACCCUUGAAGAAGACAUGACAGUUUUCCCAACUCUUGAAGGUCAAGUUUUCUUUUCACUUGAAGAAGAAGCAAACAUUGCCUCAACUCUUGAGGAAGAAAUGAAUAUUGCGCCAACCCUUGCCCUUGAAGAAGAGUCUAAAGUUGCUCCAACCCUUGAAAAAGAAGCUAACGUUUCCCCAGUCCUUAUAAAAGAAGUUAAUGUUGGCCAAACCCUUGAACAAAACAAUAACGUUGUACCAACUAUUGGAGAAGGAGCUAGUGUUGCCUCAAUCCUUGAAGAAGAAUAUAGCAUUGCCCCAAACCUUGAAGAAAAAGAUAAUGUUGCACCAACUCUUGGAGGAGAAGCUGGCAUUGCCCCAACCCAUGAAGAAGAAACUCAUAUUGCUUCAACCCUUGCCCUUGAAGGAGAAGCUAGCGUUGCCCCAAACCUUGUAGAAAAAGUUAAUGUUGCCCAAACUCUUGGAGAAGAAGCUAGUGUUGCCCCAACCCUUGUAGAACAUGUUAAUGUUAACCAAACUCUUGGAGAAGAAGCUAGUGUUGCCCCAACCCUUGUGGAAAAAGUUAAUGUUGCCCAAACUCUUGGAGAAGAAGUGAAUGUUGCCCCAAUCCUUCAAGAAGAAGCUAACGUUGCCCCAACCUUUGAGGAGGACUUUACCGUCUUUCCACUCGAUUCUGUGAGUGAUCUAGAGUACAGCGGAAAAAACUCCCCCAUGACCUCCACAGCAGCUCUAGAUUCCUCCUCGAGUACAAAGCCCACUGCUGCUACCACAAAGACCACCAUCACGUCCACCAAACACUGGUCCAGACGCACUUGGACCCCUACCACCUCAGCACCAAAUGUGUUCCACAAGACGGCUGAGCCCCGGAAGGUGUCAACCUUCAUACCACCAGUGGAUCAAGGUCUGGUGGAUGUUGAGUUUAGUCUCACCCAGCCGCCCACCCUUCUUAUCUUGCCCAAUGAGAGGGCAGCUGUAGGCGGGACAGGGAAAGCUUCAGUUGCCUGUGUGAACGACCCCUGCCUCAACGGAGGCACCUGCACUGACUGGGACGGGCAGAUUCAAUGUCUCUGUUUGCCAUCAUAUGGAGGAGACUUCUGUCAGACCGACCUGGAGCGAUGUGAACCAGGCUGGGACAAGUUCCACGGUUUCUGCUACCGACACUUCAGCCAGCGCCUGAGCUGGGAGGUCGCAGAGCAGCACUGUCGCAUGCUGGGAGGUCAUCUGGUGUCCGUCAUAACCCCUGAGGAACAGAGUUACAUUAACAACAACUACAAAGAAUACCAGUGGACCGGUUUGAAUGAUAAAACCAUUGAGGAUCAUUUCCGCUGGUCUGAUGGCAACCCGAUGCUGUAUGAGAACUGGUACAAAGGGCAGCCUGACAGCUAUUUUCUGUCUGGUGAAGACUGCGUGGUGAUGGUGUGGCACGAUGAGGGACGAUGGAGUGACGUACCCUGCAACUACCACCUGUCAUAUACCUGCAAGAAAGGAACCUCCUCAUGUGGUCCACCACCCAAGGUCCGAAACGCCUCCAUCUUUGGGAAAGGUCGACAGAGAUACGAGACCAACGCAGUUGUGCGUUAUCACUGCGCCCAAGGUUUCCAGCAGAGAUUAACUCCUCUGAUCAGGUGUCUGUCUGGAGGCAGGUGGGAGAGGCCCCAGGUCCUGUGCAUCCCUGAGGCCGGAGGCCCAACCCAACACCCUGAAGUGACGUCACAGACCAACGGCAACUCUGCUGCCAUUGAAGACGAGUUUGAAGCCACUAAAGAGACACCACAGUACUGGGACAUCAAGUUUUAAAAGCCAGCCAUGCUUUCCUUCCUUGUCUUCCCUCUCAAAUUCUGUUGUUUUAACAUGACAAGGUGCCAAGAAUCAAAUGCUUUUACACCAAUGAACGCUUAAACAGGACAAUAUGAACCACAGACUCAUAUAGAUACAAACUGAAGCUUCCUCUCAGCAAAGAAGCCCAGUGCACAUACAGGCUUUCUUUUCUUUUUAUGGAGUUACACACUCCUAGUUUUUGAUGUCCUUUAGAAUAUUUUCUACUGUAUUGUGGUUUAAUGUAGUGCUAGCAGAGUGAAAAAUAGGUUAAAGUAGAAAGAAGAAAUAUAGUAAAUGUGGGAACUCCAAAUUACAGUCAUGGAAUGGAAUCUUUUUAUAAAAAUGGUGCUCUAUGUCUUUAGAAACGUCUUCGUUAGAGAUGUUUUCCCUGCUUUCUCAAAGAAUCGAAUGAUUACAAAGCACAAAGUCAAUUAUGAAGUAGUCAAUAAGUACUGUACAUAAUUAUAUCCAUGAACACACAGUGAUUACUGCUGUCCGCAUUCUCCUUAGAGAAACCUUUUAUUUCCAGCAGACACAGUUUUGUUCGUCAGCUUUAUGUUGUAAUAAAGUUUUGUAGAACAGAGCAAAGAAUAAAUUCUUCUCAUAUUUUA